CAGCAAGCACAGAAUUUUAUUCGAUUUUCGAGUUCUCAAAUCAGAAUUCUUAGCUUAGUUUUCUUAAUUCAAAGUGCAGUUUAAUUUCGAGUUCUUCUCAUCUUAUAGAAUUCUUGGGUUUCAUACGCAAAGAACGUUCGAGAAAGACUCACUCCUCAAAAUGAAGAUCUACGUGUUCGCCCUUUUGGUUGUGGCCGCGAUUGCUUUCGCACUCCCCAUCGAAGAUGAAGUACCCCUGGAGUCGUUGUUGGCAAAUGAAAACGAAUCUUUAAAUUUGGCACCUGUCGAAGAGAGCGCACAUAGUCGCCAACGUAGGGUAACCUGUGACCUUUUGUCUGGUUUGGGUUGGAGUCACAGCAUUUGCGCUGCUCACUGUAUUGCUAAAGGAAAGAAAGGAGGAUCCUGCAGCAGCUCUGGUGUUUGUAAUUGCCGCAAGAAAUAGUACGAUUAAUUUCGAUUGCAGUAAUCGUUCUUUCAAGAAGAUUGGAUUGACAUUUUAACUGAUGGAUAUGUGUCAAGUAUGAUCACACUUUUUAAAAUUAUAACAUUUUUUGUAUAACACAAAUUUUUAAUAAAUACUGUUUACAAAUUUAAAA